AUGGAACCGAACCGACCCGAUAUUGCACGACAAGUUGGCGAACGAGCAUUGAAUUCGGAUUCGGGAUCGGAGGCGGAUGACGAGGAAAUGGAAGAGUCACCCCAGCCUGCAGAGGCAGUAUCUUCAGAAACCGUACAAACUCGACAGACACAGUCAAAUGCGCCUCCUAUCAACCUCCAGGCCACCGCGCAGAAGGCGCUGAACACGACAACCAAGCUUCCCCCGCCUUUUCCCCACCGCGACUCUGUGGUAGAAGUCGACAGUGAAUCACGCGGCCCCUUCAGUGCAGAUGCUUCCGCCCCGAAGACGAUUGCAGGGUCAUUGACGAAUGGGGGGUGGUUGGGUCCAAAUGGAGUGGAUUCAAAAUCACCUAUCAAUAGCUCUUCCAAACUCGAGGCCACGUCGCCAAACCUGACUGGGAACCGGGCGGGAUCGUAUGCGAAUGGCUACCCCCACGAGGAAUCAUUAGCGACGUCGCCCAAUCUUCGCGAACUCACCAUACCACCGUCAAGAGGGUCACCCAGCCAAAAAUUGCCGGCAUUACAGAAUCCUCACUCGCCCUCACGGGACGGGCCGGGAGCAUCACCCAAUCAAAAGCAAUCAUUACCCCCCUUCAAGCACAUAUCCGAGUUGGCAGACGAGUCCAGAGCAAAUGGAUUCGCUCACCGACAAUCCAUCUCAUCCACAGGCCAAUCACCGACGCAAAUAUCGCGACAACUCUCCAUCAGUUCGGCACGUUCGCCGGGAAGUGCAUUUCCCUCGUUGAGCGCAACAUCACCCAUUAGCGCAAAUAGUGAAAUUGCAACCCGAGACCCGUUUCUAAGAUCUGGUCAACAUCUCACACUCUUCAGCAACACUCGCAGGCCUUCGCAGGCGUCAGAGAAUGGCCCUCCUUACUGUAGCACUUUGCCAUCCGCAUCGACAACCAAUGAUAGCUAUCAAAGUUCCGAUGGGCUUAGCCCCAGAUCGCAACCUACGCCAAUUGAAAACCAGACGCACCGUAUGAGCAUAGAUGGUACAAUAGCGUCGAGAACGUUACCACCACUAAAUGGGCCACCCAUUCAACAUGUUCCACCGCAUGGAUCGGGGGGAUUCAAAUGUGACUAUCCAAACUGCACCGCACUUCCGUUCCAAACCCAGUAUCUCUUGAACUCACAUGCAAACGUCCAUUCCCAAAGUCGACCGCAUUACUGUCCAGUCGCUGGCUGUUCACGAGGCGAAGGUGGAAAAGGCUUUAAGCGGAAGAAUGAGAUGAUUCGGCACGGUCUUGUCCACGCCUCGCCCGGCUACGUCUGUCCUUUUUGCCCCGACCGCGAACACAAAUACCCACGACCCGACAAUCUACAAAGACACGUACGCGUACACCACGUAGACAAGGACAAGGAUGACCCGCAAUUGCGCGAAGUUCUUGCGCAACGCCCUGAGGGCGGAAGUCGUGGCAGAAGGAGAAGGGUAGGAGAAUGA